GCUGAGGGUGCGGUUUGUGAGGGGUUCCAUUGAAGCAGGGGUGAUGUUGUGGAGUUCGAGUGAAAUUGCCUUCGGAAUGGAAAAUAACGGGCCCGCAACAGCUGUGCUUAGGAAAAAGUCCCUAACGUAAAACCUUUCAAACCGCUCAACGUCUAUGUCACGUUUAUAUGCAUGCAAAGUACACAGCCUGUGCUGAGAGAAGGGGCUUUCUUAACGUGCAGCUGUAGUUCAUAUAUUAUAAUUUAGUGUGGUAGUAUUUAUUUUUUCCAUAGACGAGUGAUGUUAUAAGAGUAAUUUUUUUGUUCUUUUUCAGUAUAUAUUCAGGCCUAAAUUCUGACAUCCUCGCCUUGCUCUUUAUCCUAACUGCAAUCUAUGGUCAGCUUCUGAAAUAACUGUGGUUCUAUCUCGUCCUGACUUUAUUUUGGUAAAUAAAAGGGAAUUUCGUUUUGCUGAGAUCUAAGUGAGAGAAUGCAUGGAUUUCCGUGGAUAUAUAUGCAUUAAACACCUGAGAAUCACAGACUGGUUGGCAUUGGAAGAGAUGUUAAAGCUCACCUCAUUCCUCCCCCUCCAUCAGCAGUGACACCUUCCAUAGAUCAGGUUUCUUGGUAUGAAAUGAAGCUGAUUUGCUUUUAAUCACUCCACACAAAUUACCUGACUUGAUUUCUUCCUCUCUCUCUGUUACUUCUGAGUUUUGUUGAAACAGCUGCACAAAAUUCCAGCUGCAGCUGGCACCAAUUGCAAGCUCCGCGAGGUUCAAAACUACUUGGAAUUUGAUCCGCCCUAAUUAGAUCCUGCCCGCCAAGACCGUGGGCAGUGACUCUGCUGGAGUCCCAGCUACACCUUCUGUGCAGAAAUUGCUCAUAUAAGGUGAUUAAAAACCAGGUAAUUUUGAACAGCGUUUAUAUUUUAAAUGAGUUUUAUAUAAAUUUGGUGGAAAGAAAAAUAGCUUUUGUUUUGCCUCUAUAAAAACUGAAGGUUUUUAUGAGAUACGAGACAAAAGCAGGGAAAGAGGUAAUUUUACAGACUUCAUUGAACCUAUAUGGCCGGAAUUACUCCAAACCUAAUUUUUAAGGCACAACAUGAUUUCCCACUGACAGGGGGCAAGGUUAGAUUGGACAUUAGGAAGAAAUUCUUCCCUGUGAGGGUGGGGAAGCCCUGGCACAGGUUGCCCAGGGAAGCUGUGGCUUCCCUGUGCCUGGAGGUGUUCAAGGUUUGGUUGGAUGGGGCUUGGAACAACCUGGGAUAGUGGAGGGUGUCCCUGCCCAUGGCAGGGGGUGGCACUGGAUGAUGAUUUGUGUUUUGCUGCUGUCCCUGAACAGUGUCUUUUUAGAAUCUUUUGUCUUGUACUUUGAUGAGAUUCAGCUUCUGCUUCAUUGUGAGUUUUUAUUUUCUGAGAAAUGGGAAAUUUAGAAAAGUUACCAACAGAAAACUCUUCAGACUGUCUGUGGGCUGCAUCCUGUGCUGAAGGAGGGGUGGCUCAGUGUGUGAGCUUGGCUUCAGCUAGAAGAGGACACCUAAAAGCACCAUGGAGGCACCUGGGACGUGCCAGAGGUAAUUUUUGAACCUCUAAAGAGAGAGUUUGGUCAAUGAGCAACACAAUUGUACAGAGCUGUCCAUUGACUGCUGAUUUCAGAUUGGCACAUUGUCCUGUUUGCAUGUCGUAGACACAGGGUAUUUCACCAAAAUCCGGGUGAAAGGAAGUUGCCAACUUCUUUCCCAUCAGUGGCACAUUGCAAGACUCUAAAUUUAGCUGCGUGUUUCCACAGGGGAAGUGGUGUAAGUCCACAAGUCAGCUGAGCAGCACCGAGCUCCUGCCAGUGGAAGUGUGGUGGAAUUCGGUUCCGAUUUUGCUCUGCCCGACACAGCCCUGACCCUCUACUCCUUCCCCUUGUCCUGUUCUGGCUGCCAGCAGCUCCUCGGCAUCACACUGCGGUCAGAAACAUCUCAAUUCAUUUUCAAACAUCCUCUUUUAGACAUAGCCCUCUCUUUGUGUUCAAAAACCGCGCCCUCUCCCAGCGGGAUCACUUCUGUUUUAUGAGUUAAAAACCCCGGGGAUCUACAUCAUGAGUACGUCAGGCUUUUUCUGCACAGACAGCCGUGAGGAAAGGGUGUGUAACCAUCUGCCCCCUCCCAGCAGCUGCAGCAGGAGAGCUCUGGGCUCGGGGAAAUCCUCCUCGGACCUGACUGGGCUUGGGCUCCAUGGAACUCUAGUGAUCCCUGUUGCUCACACUUGUCACCAUGCUAGCAGAAGGCAUCCUAACAAGGCUCAUCUAUAAAGAAAGCUGUCAUCAAGAUAAGCCUUGCAAAUCUCCUGCAUCCCAAAAGGCUAAAGAGGGAAUCUGGAGACAGAAACUUGUAGAUAUCCCAAAAAUUAAAGGCUUUACUGAUGGAUGUAAGAAGCGGGAGGAGCUCUCUGCCAGAUGCAGCCAAGUGGAAGCUGGGAGCAGUCCCCAGUGGGGAUCCAUAGAAAAGGAGCCUGCAAAAGAUCAGGAAAUGCUGGUUAAAGGAACUGCAUCCCCAGCUUUACAUAUCCCCAAGAGAGGAGGAAGCCUAGAUGAGGUGGAUUUGUACAGAUCCUGGCCAUGCAACAGCAUUUACCAGAACUAUCCUGACCUGCAGAUUGGGGGGGACCAUGUGGGGGGCCACACGUGUGACUCGGGCUGUGUCCUGGACCAUGUAUGUGAUGAACUUCCUGACGGCCCUGUCCUGCUCUCCGUAGAUAUUCCUCUGGGUCAGUCCCCUCUGCGUGAGCAUCCCAAAAAGCCCAGUGGGAUCUCUCUGCCUGGAGAUGAAGCUGCAGAAAGGAGCCUCAUGCUCAGUGAGGAGCCCCUUUCCAACUCCACACUCAACAAGUACAUGGAAGCCAAAGUGGCAGAGCUCUACAAACAGUUUUUUGAAGAGAGCCUGGCCAGGUGUGGUUCCAUAACAAACCUUCUCACCUGCAGCUGGAUAAGGAACAGCCUGGACCAGAUAAGUGUUCAGAUCUCCCAGGAGCAGAACAUAGAAACCUCCAAAGCCAGAGGAGCCCUCUUGCACUCGUUGGCUUUGUUCAGCUCCCGCAACGCUCCCAACAAGAACAGCUCUGAGUUCAGCACCCCAAACCUCCAAAUCUCCAACACAGGGGGUGCAAAAUGGAGCUGCAGGGUGAAAUUCACGUCCUGACUGAGCUGCCGAGCUCAGGAGAGGGAUGGGAUUCAUGUAUGAAUGUUUCACUCUAAGGAUUAGGUUGGGAAAUGGAAACAUUUACACACUACACUUUGUUCUAAUUAAUAUUUUAAGUCUUAAACCCCUUUGGUAGCAGAGGAAGUAAAGGUCACUGUUUUCUGUUUUCUAAUGGAGAAUUUGAAAUCAAUUUCUCUCCAAAAUACUGGUUAAUCAUGUUUUUAUAAUAUAUAUAGAAUCAUAGAACUGUUAAAGUUGGAAAUGACCACUAAGAUCAUUAAGUCCAACCAUCAACCCAGCACCACUAAACCACUCAACUCAAGUGCCACAUCCACAUGUAAAAGCAUUAAUUUUCUGCCAAAUCAGCAAGCAAAGAUGACUGCAGCAUUCCUGAAAAAAUAGUGCAAGAUUCCUGCAUCUUCAUUUAGAAAUUUAAAUGCAGAUUUUUGUAUGGAAAUACUGUUGAUUAGUUCUCAAACACAUUUUCUCCCCUUGCUCUUGCUUCUCAGCAAAUAUUUCAGCUGGAAAUUAUUCAUUAUGUCACCACUGUAAAAUGAUAGAUGAAUUGGACUGUUACUUGCUCUGCAGAAGUUUUUUUCUAAUAAAGUUUUUUGUGCGGUGUU